AUGCAAAGAAAUAGUAAGGUCUUCUUCUUAAGAGGAAUAAAAAAGUUUGAUUUGUUUGCCUAACCUUUGUAAUUACUAGUUGAUAAAAAAGAAUAUCACUAAACACUAUUUGGGACUAUUCUAACAGUCUUAUUGUUAGCAUUAUUCUCAAAUCUUCUUUAUUAAAAACUAGUUACACUCUUUGAUAGGAGCAAUCCCUCAUCUCUUAGUUCAGAAAUUUAUCAUUCUUAACCUGAAUAAUAUAGUCUGACUCCUUUUAAUUUUACUAUGACCUUUGCCUUUUAAAACUCUACCUUUAAUACAUAUAUUGAUGAAUCAAUUUAUGUCGUAAAUGCAUAUGUUGUCAAAAAGAUUGUUACAACAAAAAAUGGAUAAAAAAUGGAUGUUUAUGAGAAGUAAGAGUUACCCUUAGUCAAAUGCAAUGAGGAAUUAAUUAAAUAAAACGAACUAAAAGAAUAUUUUUCACAUUUAGAUUUACCAACUAAUUAUUGUAUUGAUUGGAAUUAAAUUCCGAGUAUAUAAAUUGAAGGUACUUUUGAUGCUCCAAAAUUUGAAUACAUUAUCAUGUAAUUCAAUACCUGUAAUGAAAAAACUUAAAAAAAUAUGACUUGUAAAAAUAAAAAAGAAAUUGAGUAAGCAUUAAUGCAGAACUAUUUUUCAUUUUAAAUUUCAUCUUAGACCACCAAUUUAAAAAAUCCUAAUUCACCAUAUAAUCCAAAAGGGUAAGAUCUCUUUACAACUAUAUCAAGUAAUAUAUAUAAGGAGAUUUCAAUAUACUUAGAACCUUUAACUACCAUUACAGAUAUUGGUUUAAUAUAAACUAAUUUAAAAUAUGAAAAAACUUUGAGAUAUGGUAGACAUACAGAAAUGCUAGAUUUAAGUUAAAGUGAUUUAAUCAUGAAUGUCGUCAUUAGAUUAGACACAACUGAAUUGGUUGACUAUAGGACAUAUCCAAAAGUAUAAGAAAUUUUAGCAGAAUUAGGAGGUUUAUGGUAAGUUUUGUUUAGUCUCUUUUAUAUUAUUUCUAAACCUAUUAAUAAAAUUAGUCUUCUUCUUGAUCUUAUUAAUUAAUUAUAUGAAUUUCAAGGAAAAUAACAAAAUGAGGAUAAUCGUCAACAAAAAGAUUCCUCUUUAAUUAAAAAUGAAAAAUUAGGCUCUCCUUUGUAGAGAUAAUUAGAAUAAUAAGUAUAGAUUGGUUAAGAUUAAAUUAUAACUAACAAGACUUUAUCAAUAAGAGAUAACUUUUCUAAACAAUAAGGUUCUAAGGAUAAAUCAUAUAAAACUAUUCUAUAAACAUAUGUCUAAUAUAUUCAAAAGGCCAUUUUCCGAAAAAAUAAAAAAUAUAAGUUCGGAUACAUAAAUGCAUUUUAAGCAUUAAGAUGCAUAGUCUCCAAAGUAAAGUUUUUUAUGAUUUUUUAGGAUGAUGAAAAUAUUCUUUAAUUUAGGCGUGCCCAUAACAAAGUUAAAAAUUAAUUAAAUAUUUUUAAUAUCUUAAAAAGCUUAUAAGAUGUUGAAAAAUUGAAGCACAUAAUUUUUAAUGAAAAUUAACGAAUUUUAUUUGAAAAAUUUAACAACUUUGAAUAAAAAGAAUUUUAAGGGGAAAUUACAUUAUGUAAUGAUCAGCAGAUAAAAUAAUAAGGAAUUUCUUAAGAUGCAAUAUUACAAAUUUUAUAGGAUCAACAGAAUGAAAUUAAUUAGAAACUUAUAGCUUCUCUAGAUGUCACAGUUAGUAAUUUAUUAUAAAAGUGUAAGCAGGAAAAUAAUGACAAAUUAGAAAACAAUUGA